AUGUUAACAGCUAGUCGACCAACAGCUGCUAAAGGUUUAUUAGGUGUUGCAAGUGCAGCUUUAGCAGCAGCUAGAGCUGGUACAUUUUUAAACAAUCCUUUUCAUACUAUCAGUAUAACAAAUACUUCUAAUGGAGUAAAUGAAACAAUAAUUAGAAAUAAGUUAAAUAAUUUACGUAGUUCAAGAUCUGUUGAAAGAAAUCAACAAUUACAUCAUUCACGAUGUAGUUAUUGUUGUAAUGAAUAUUGUCAACGUGGUCAACAUAAAUAUCAUCAUAGACAAAUAUUAUCUCCAUUAUAUCAAUUCAAUUGGUUAAGUGAAUUAUUAUUAUUAUAUGGAUAUAAAGUAAGACGAUUCUCUGAUCCAGCAUUGAAUAUUACUGAUGAAGGUAUAGAUGCAGCAUAUUUAAAAUUAUUGAUAUACAUUAGUCAAAAAUCACCUAUGAAUAUAGAUAAUGAUAUGAAUGAUUAUUAUAAUGAUAAUUCACAAUUGAUAACAGAUAAUCAUCCCUUUCAAGGUCAUCGUAAAACAUCACUAUCUGAAACAGUAGAACCUAAAACUUUAACAAAAAAUGAUAAUUAUCAUCAAUCAAUUCAAUUAACUAAUUGUAAUUCUCCAAUCUAUAAUAGUUUAUUAGAUUUAAAUAUGCCUCAUAUUUCAUCAUCUAAUGAAAUGGGUAAAUGUAAUUCAACAUUAUUACUCAAUACAAAUUAUUUAUACAAUGAUGUAAUAGAUGAAAAGUUUAAUUCUAAUUUAUAUGAUAAUUAUCCUUUGGAUAUUCAUUCAAAUAAUACUGAGAAUAUACAAUCAAUACAUCAUGAACAACAAUUAUAUCCUUAUGAAAAAACAUUACAAUAUAAAUCCUCUAUAUUACAUAAAUAUGAUAUAAAAGGAAUAAACAAUAAUAUUUCAAAUAUUUCUAAAACUGCUAGUGGGAUAACACCAGUAAUAACAACAACAACAGAGACAGUAAUAACUAUUCCUAGUGGAAGUACAACUAUGACAAGUAUUAAUAAAUUAAAACGUUCUGGAUUAGAUGCUAUUGGAUUAGAUUUUAUGCGAGCUAAUGGAGCUAGACCAGGUUUGUUAAAACAAAAAAAAAUCACUUUCAUUUUUUCAACUUGUUAUUCAUUGUAG